UGAAGUUUUGCGUUUGAGCAUUCCGGCUUUGCUCGCUGCCAAGUUAGGACCAGUUACAAACAAAUAGCUCCGACAUUACAACAUCAUCUGCUAGAUCUUUUUGGAGUUGGUUUUGAAGAUAAGAAAGGCCAUGGCGAACCCUCUUUUGAGUGCCCUCCUGGUGGCUCUUGUAGCCUCAGGUUGUGCUACUUCACCCGAAGGCGAUCAUCAUUGCCCUGAGGGUAUGACCUUUAACGAGUGCGGCUCAGGUUGUGGCCCGUCCAGCUGUGAAAACCUUCCCAGAGAUAUUUGUCCCCGGAUCUGUCGUGCUGGGUGCUUCUGUCCAGAAGGACUGGUCAAGGAUCAAGAUGGCGGAGACCGCUGCAUACCCUUGGAUCAUUGCCAAGAUCGUCAUUGCCCUGAUGGUAUGGCUUAUGACGAGUGCGGCUCAGGUUGUGGCCCGUCCAGCUGUGAAAACCUUCCCAGAGAUAUUUGUCCCCGGAUCUGUCGUGCUGGGUGCUUCUGUCCAGAAGGACUGGUCAAGGAUCAAGAUGGCGGAGACCGCUGCAUACCCUUGGAUCAUUGCCAAGAUCGUCAUUGCCCUGAUGGUAUGGCUUAUGACGAGUGCGGCUCAGGUUGUGGCCCGUUCAGCUGUGAUAACCUUCCUAGGUAUAUGUGUCCUCGGAUCUGUCGUGCUGGGUGCUUCUGUCCAGAAGGACUGGUCAAGGAUCAAGAUGGCGGAGACCGCUGCAUACCCUUGGAUCAGUGCCAAGGUUCCGGCACAGGAGCCAUACGUCUGGUUGGUGGAAGCAACGAAGCAGAAGGAAGGGUUGAGAUCCAUUAUAACGGAGUCUGGGGAACUAUCUGUGAUGACUCAUGGGGUAUCACCGAUGCCAGUGUUGUCUGUCGCAUGCUAGGAUUCCAGGGGGCUUCUGGAGCUCCAGGAUCAGCUCAUUUCGGACAAGGCACUGGUCCCAUUCAACUAGAUGAUGUUCGCUGUAGAGGAGCUGAACAGACUAUCUUUGACUGUUUUCACCUUCCUUUCGGUGUUCACAAUUGUUUUCAUAGUGAAGAUGCCGGAGUAGUUUGCAAUGCUCCAGGAGGUACAGAAGGAGAUGUGCGUCUGGUUGGUGGAAGCAACGAAGCAGAAGGAAGGGUUGAGAUCCAGUAUAACGGAGUCUGGGGAACUAUCUGUGAUGACUCAUGGGGUAUCACCGAUGCCAGUGUUGUCUGCCGCAUGCUAGGAUUCCAGGGGGCUUCUGGAGCUCCAGGAUCAGCUCAUUUCGGACAAGGCACUGGUCCCAUUCAACUAGAUGACGUAGGCUGUACAGGAGCUGAGCAGACUAUCUUUGACUGUGCCCACCCUGCUUUUGGUGUUCACAAUUGUGCUCAUUAUGAAGAUGCCGGAGUAGUUUGCAUUGCUUCACAAGGUGAUCCUUUAAACUGCCCGGUGACAGGAGAAUGGUUCGUGGACUGGGAUGCUUCUUACGAGUGUCUCUCACAGCUCCCUCAGUCUAACCCUUUUGCUGUUCCUGGUCAGAUCCUUCCUCUCCUGACAGUUACAGAUAUGAUCCAAGCCGCAGGAGCUGCCUGGACGGCUGACAACCUGAUCGAGGCUGAAGGAGAAAUAUGUGUAAGGAUCAUGCCCCAACUGGGCGCGGCCGCAUUUGGAGCAGAUAUCUUCAGACAGUACUGUGAUCCUGUGCUGACGUCCUUGAGGGAAGGGACAACGCUUAAUGCUGAGGAACACUGCAGGCUUAUUUUGAACUUGACAGGAUUCAUGACCACAAUUAUGUCAGCACCAACUACCCCUCAGCCAGACGGACCAACCGCGGAACCCGAUUAUCCUUUAGGGAUCUUUGCAUUACGACCUUUCGAUUUUGAGGGUGAGCUUGAAAGCAUUGUUGCUGACCAGUUUGGGGUGUCCAUUUACGACGUUGACAACAUCUGUAGGGCUCGACAAUUCGUUGUGGAUGCUGGCUCGACUUUGGAGGAACUGGUCACCGAUUUCCUAGAAGCUUUUGUUGAAGUACUGAUACCCAGAGCUGCAGAGAUAUGCAAUAGUUGGAAUGACAUUAUUGUUGCACUUGAGGCUUCUUCAUCGGGUAACUUUUCAAUGGGUUCGGACUUCAAUAUUCGUGGCUACCUGAAUGAUGUGUCUGAUUUUGUUGCACGUUGGGCAGGAUAUGAAAGCAGAGAGGCCAUGUGCCAACGUUUGAGUGAAACUCGUGGUGACUCAGGAAUUCCAGCACUCCUUGAUAAUAUAGCUGCUGAUGUUGUGGACAGUAUUCUCUCAGUUUUGACCGAUGCCCAGCAGUGUUCCACUAUAGUCCAGGAGGGAUUAGACCUGGCCUUGACGUACAUUCCCGGUCUUGAUCCAUAUGCACUUAAUCUUCAAAUAUAUCAGAUUACAGGGAUGAAUGGCACUAAUCAACUCUGCCAGGUAGUUGCCGACGCAUUCCAGCCGGGAGAUCAUCAUUGCCCUGAGGGUAUGACCUUUAACGAGUGCGGCUCAGGUUGUGGCCCGGGCAGCUGUGACAACCUAGUUCCCAGAGAUAUCUGUCCUCUAUUCUGUUUUGUUGGAUGCUUCUGUCCAGAAGGACUGGUCAAGGAUCAAGAUGGCGGAGACCGCUGCAUACCCGUGGAUCAGUGCCAAGACUAUUGCGAUGACGUUAUCGUGAAUUGUCUCGUAAAUCCCUGUGAUGUUUCCGUGUGUUCAGCUUACCCUGAUGCUGAGUGCCGAUCAAACUACUGCGGCGGAUGUAACGCUGAUUUUUACGUUGAUGACGUCCAAGUGAACUGUUCAACAUGCCCCGAGGGUAUGGCCUUUAACGAAUGCGGCUCAGGUUGUGGCCCGUUCAGCUGUGAUAACCUUCCCAGUGAUAUCUGUCCUCGGAUCUGUAGUGCUGGGUGCUUCUGUCCAGAAGGACUGGUCAAGGAUCAAGAUGGCGGAGACCGCUGCAUACCCUUGGAUCAGUGCCAAGGUUCUGGCACAGGAGCCAUACGUCUGGUUGGUGGAAGCAACGAAGCAGAAGGAAGGGUUGAGAUCCAGUAUAACGGAGUCUGGGGAACUAUCUGUGAUGACUCAUGGGGUAUCACCGAUGCCAAUGUUGUCUGUCGCAUGCUAGGAUUCCAGGGGGCUUCUGGAGCUCCAGGAUCAGCUCAUUUCGGACAAGGCACUGGUCCCAUUCAACUAGAUGACGUUCGCUGUAGAGGAGCUGAACAGACUAUCUUUGACUGUUUUCACCUUCCUUUCGGUGUUCACAAUUGUUUUCAUAGUGAAGAUGCCGGAGUAGUUUGCAAUGCUCCAGGAGGUACAGAAGGAGAUGUGCGUCUGGUUGGUGGAAGCAACGAAGCAGAAGGAAGGGUUGAAAUCCAGUAUAACGGAGUCUGGGGAACUAUCUGUGAUGACUCAUGGGAUAUCACCGAUGCCAGUGUUGUCUGCCGCAUGCUAGGAUUCCAGGGGGCUUCUGGAGCUCCAGGAUCAGCUCAUUUCGGACAAGGCACUGGUCCCAUUCAACUAGAUGACGUAGGCUGUACAGGAGCUGAGCAGACUAUCUUUGACUGUGCCCAUCCUGCUUUUGGUGUUCACAAUUGUGCUCAUUAUGAAGAUGCCGGAGUAGUUUGCAUUGCUUCACAAGGUGAUCCUUUAAACUGCCCGGUGACAGGAGAAUGGUUCGUGGACUGGGAUGCCUCUUACGAGUGUCUCUCACAGCUCCCUCAGUCUAACCCUUUUGCUGUUCGUGGUCAGAUCCUUCCUCUCCUGACAGUUACAGAUGUCAUCCAAGCCGCAGGAGCUGCCUGGACGGCUAACAACCUGAUCGAGGCUGAAGGUGAAAUUUGUGUAAGGAUCAUGCCCCAACUAAACGCAGCCGCAUUUGAAGCAGAUGUCUUCAGACAGUACUGUGAUCCUGUGCUGACGUCCUUGAGGGAAGGGACAACGCUUGAUGCUGAGGAACACUGCAGGCUUAUUUUUAACUUGACAGGAUUCAUGACCACAGUUAUGUCAGCACCAACUACCCCUCAGCCAGACGGACCAACCGCGGAACCCGACUAUCCUUUAGGGAUCUUUGCAUUACGACCUUUCGAUUUUGAGGGUGAGCUUGAAGGCAUUGUUGCUGACCAGUUUGGGGUGUCCAUUUACGACGUUGACAACAUCUGUAGGGCUCGACAAUUCGUUGUGGAUGCUGGCUCGACUUUGGAGGAACUGGUCACCGAUUUCCUAGAAGCUUUUGUUGAAGUACUGAUACCCAGAGCUGCAGAGAUAUGCAAUAGUUGGAAUGACAUUAUUGAUGCACUUGAGGCUUCUUCAUCGGGUAACUUUUCAAUGGGUUCGGACUUCAAUAUUCGUGGCUACCUGAAUGAUGCGUCUGAUUUUGUUGCACGUUGGGCAGGAUAUGAAAGCAGAGAGGCCAUGUGCCAACGUUUGAGUGAAACUCGUGGUGACUCAGGAAUUCCAUUACGCCUUGAUGAUAUAGCUGCUGAUGUUGUGGACAGUAUUCUCUCAGUUUUGACCGAUGCCCAGCAGUGUUCCACUAUAGUCCAGGAGGGAUUAGACCUGGCCUUGACGUACAUUCCCGGUCUUGAUCCAUAUGCACUUAAUCUUCAAAUAUAUCAGAUUACAGGGAUGAAUGGCACUAAUCAACUCUGCCAGGUAGUUGCCGACGCAUUCCAGCCGGGAGAUCAUCAUUGCCCUGAGGGUAUGACCUUUAACGAGUGCGGCUCAGGUUGUGGCCCGGGCAGCUGUGACAACCUAGUUCCCAAUGAUAUAUGUCCUCUAUUCUGUUUUGCUGGAUGCUUCUGUCCAGAAGGACUGGUCAAGGAUCAAGAUGGCGGAGACCGCUGCAUACCCGUGGAUCAGUGCCAAGGAGCCAUACGUCUGGUUGGUGGAAGCAACGAAGCAGAAGGAAGGGUUGAGAUCCAGUACAACGGAGUCUGGGGAACUAUCUGUGAUGACUCAUGGGGUAUCACCGAUGCCAGUGUUGUCUGCCGCAUGCUAGGAUUCCAGGGGGCUUCUGGAGCUCCAGGAUCAGCUCAUUUCGGACAAGGCACUGGUCCCAUUCAACUAGAUGACGUAGGCUGUACAGGAGCUGAGCAGACUAUCUUUGACUGUGCCCACCCUGCUUUUGGUGUUCACAAUUGUGCUCAUUAUGAAGAUGCCGGAGUAGUUUGCAUUGCUUCACAAGAUGUGCGUCUGGUUGGUGGAAGCAACGAAGCAGAGGGAAGGGUUGAGAUCCAGUAUAACGGAGUCUGGGGAACUAUCUGUGAUGACUCAUGGGGUAUCACCGAUGCCAGUGUUGUCUGCCGCAUGCUAGGAUUCCAGGGGGCUUCUGGAGCUCCAGGAUCAGCUCAAUUCGGACAAGGCACUGGUCCCAUUCAAUUAGAUGACGUAGGCUGUACAGGAGCUGAGCAGACUAUCUUUGACUGUGCACACCCUGCUUUUGGUGUUCACAAUUGUGCUCAUUAUGAAGAUGCCGGAGUAGUUUGCAUUGCUUCACAAGAUGUACGUCUGGUUGGUGGAAGCAACGAAGCAGAAGGAAGGGUUGAAAUCCAGUAUAACGGAGUCUGGGGAACUAUCUGUGAUGACUCAUGGGAUAUCACCGAUGCCAGUGUUGUCUGCCGCAUGCUAGGAUUCCAGGGGGCUUCUGGAGCUCCAGGAUCAGCUCAAUUCGGACAAGGCACUGGUGUCAUUCAACUAGAUGACGUAGGCUGUACAGGAGCUGAGCAGACUAUCUUUGACUGUGCCCACCCUGCUUUUGGUGUUCACAAUUGUGCUCAUUAUGAAGAUGCCGGAGUAGCUUGCAUUGCUUCACAAGAUGUGCGUCUGGUUGGUGGAAGCAACGAAGCAGAGGGAAGGGUUGAGAUCCAGUAUAACGGAGUCUGGGGAACUAUCUGUGAUGACUCAUGGGGUAUCACCGAUGCCAGUGUUGUCUGCCGCAUGCUAGGAUUCCAGGGGGCUUCUGGAGCUCCAGGAUCAGCUCAAUUCGGACAAGGCACUGGUCCCAUUCAAUUAGAUGACGUAGGCUGUACAGGAGCUGAGCAGACUAUCUUUGACUGUGCACACCCUGCUUUUGGUGUUCACAAUUGUGUUCAUUAUGAAGAUGCCGGAGUAGUUUGCAUUGCUUCACAAGAUGUACGUCUGGUUGGUGGAAGCAACGAAGCAGAAGGAAGGGUUGAAAUCCAGUAUAACGGAGUCUGGGGAACUAUCUGUGAUGACUCAUGGGAUAUCACCGAUGCCAGUGUUGUCUGCCGCAUGCUAGGAUUCCAGGGGGCUUCUGGAGCUCCAGGAUCAGCUCAAUUCGGACAAGGCACUGGUCUCAUUCAACUAGAUGACGUAGGCUGUACAGGAGCUGAGCAGACUAUUUUUGACUGUGCCCACCCUGCUUUUGGUGUUCACAAUUGUGCUCAUUAUGAAGAUGCCGGAGUAGUUUGCAUUACUUCACAAGAUGUGCGUCUGGUUGGUGGAAGCAACGAAGCAGAGGGAAGGGUUGAGAUCCAGUAUAACGAAGUCUGGGGAACUAUCUGUGAUGACUCAUGGGGUAUCACCGAUGCCAGUGUUGUCUGCCGCAUGCUAGGAUUCCAGGGGGCUUCUGGAGCUCCAGGAUCAGCUCAUUUCGGACAAGGCACUGGUCCCAUUCAAUUAGAUGACGUAGGCUGUACAGGAGCUGAGCAGACUAUCUUUGACUGUGCACACCCUGCUUUUGGUGUUCACAAUUGUGCUCAUUAUGAAGAUGCCGGAGUAGUUUGCAUUACUUCACAAGAUGUACGUCUGGUUGGUGGAAGCAACGAAGCAGAAGGAAGGGUUGAAAUCCAGUAUAACGGAGUCUGGGGAACUAUCUGUGAUGACUCAUGGGGUAUCACCGAUGCCAGUGUUGUCUGCCGCAUGCUAGGAUUCCAGGGGGCUUCUGGAGCUCCAGGAUCAGCUCAUUUCGGACAAGGCAUUGGUCCCAUUCAACUAGAUGACGUAGGCUGUACAGGAGCUGAGCAGUCUAUCUUUGACUGUGCCCACCCUGCUUUUGGUGUUCACAAUUGUGCUCAUUAUGAAGAUGCCGGAGUAGUUUGCAUUGCUUCACAAGACGUACGUCUGGUUGAUGGAAGCAACGAAGCAGAAGGAAGGGUUGAAAUCCAGUAUAACGGAGUCUGGGGAACUAUCUGUGAUGACUCAUGGGAUAUCACCGAUGCCAGUGUUGUCUGCCGCAUGCUAGGAUUCCAGGGGGCUUCUGGAGCUCCAGGAUCAGCUCAAUUCGGACAAGGCACUGGUCCCAUUCAACUAGAUGACGUAGGCUGUACAGGAGCUGAACAGACUAUCUUUGACUGUGCACACCCUCCUUUCGGUGUUCACAAUUGUUUUCAUAGUGAAGAUGCCGGAGUAGUUUGCAUUGCUUGAGCAGGUACAGGUUAAUAGCCUUUUACCCAAAGUUUUAAAAUAAACGUUAAACGUCCUUUUCCCAAAUGUGCGAAAUAAUAAUUUUUAAAUAAAACCUUUAUGAUAUAAACAAGAAUCUUUUAUAUUAGAAGAGCAGUAGCAAUCCUACGUUUUUUUGGAAAGUAGGAAUAUUAUUUAUACUGUGUCCAGCAUGUCAUUCUGGCAUUACCACAACAAACCCCUCUGCUCCACGUCACACUUGCUCCUGCAACCUAAUCUCAACCUCAAUAUCCUACACUAACCGAAUGAUAGUAUACGUUAAUCUCUUACCAAACACUUCACUUUAAGGUAUUAAGUAACUUUGCCUCUGAUUUUAAACAAAGUUCUGGAUUUAGCUCUUGCUACAAUCAUAAUUAUAAAUCUUUAAGUCAGAAAUGAUUCCCAUGACUUUUACAAGCCAAUUGCAUGUUUCAUUAUCAAAAUAUUUAUGAUUGGAAUUUGAAAUGUUAAAAACCGUUUUAUGCUACAGUCUAUUGGGGAAAAUGAGUAUGGUAAAACUGGUCACUCAAAGUUGUUUCACCUUUUUGAAGCACUUCAAUAUUACAUCACAUCAAUUUUCAGCCCCAUAAGACAGAACAUUUACUAAAAUUAAGAUUCACUAUAGAUAGCAUAAACAAAACAAUGUUGUUUUUUUCGAAUUACAAACGUUUCUUACAAAUACUUUUAUUCGUACUUCAGUUUCUUUAUGGGGAUUUUACUACAUUGGGAAACGAGUCACUUUGGGCUUAAUGGCUUUUAAUUAAUUGCGGUGAGGGAUAAAUUCUCAUUUGCGGUGAUGGAUACAUUUUCAUACAAACUCGAAACAUUUUAAAUUGGCUCAGAGUGGAAAUCGUGCGGUGUCAAUGAGAUCGAAACUGAUUGGAAACAUCUCUUAAAGGGAAGUUAAACCUCGACAGCAAACUACGCUAGAAGAAAGCAGAAAAUUCAUAAACGCAUACUGGUCAAAAUUUGAAUGAAAUCGGACAAAAAUUAGAAAAUUCUGUGUUUGUGUAAGUUGCUGUCACUACAGGUAUGGACCUUUCAAAGUGACUUAAUCGGUACCGUUUCUGUAAUAUAUUUCACUUAUUCAAAAAUGUAUGACUCAGAAUUCUUCCCUUUUUUUUCUUUUUCUAGAACCUGUAAUAAUAUACACUCGAUGAUAUAUUCGCGGUAGUGGCACAACGGUGAAGGCACUUGGGAGAAGAAAAAAGUUUUAAUUUCAUACACGACAAACGGGAAGUUUAUCUGUCACUACGUCACAAUCCACUGACAAAAUUGCCAAUUUGAGAUUUGCAAAGCUAUAGUGAUUUCAGAUUACAAACAAUCAUAACUUUCUUAUUAUUGAUCCUAUUAAUUUCAAACUUUCGCUUUUCUGUUUCUCUGAUUUUCUGUUUUGACACCAAUUAACUUUUUUCAAGGGUUGGAUUGCCUUGUCGUGAUUAAUAUAAAGUGAUAUUAUUGUUUUGAUUGAUGUUUCAGUGUAUACGAACUGGGACCAAACCAUAUUUGACCGUGUAUUAAGCUAGGUCCUUGCCCUUUUAUUGAAAUAUUGUAUAAACAUUACGCCAUAAAAGAAUGCUUUCCGCUCCAGCGUAGGUAAAAUGUCAACAACAAAAUAUUUCUUAUUUUCAUUAGGGAUAAAUAUAUUGGAAAUUUGUCUGUUUCUUAUUACUUUAAUGUGUUCUACUACCUAACUGUCUCUGCUUUUAACGUUAAGAUUCUUCGAUCUUCAAUUUCAAACUCUUUAUAAUUAUGAUGUUAAAACACACAUGGUUGACAUUAUAAGUAGAGUGUGAUAAAUUAUAAUAUUCUAACUUGCAGUAAAACAAAUUGAAUCAUACUUAAUAAUGGAAAUAUGUCAGCCAGUUUCUUCUUGGAUAGUUAAGAAUUUGUAUAAGUUAAUUUCAACGUCCCUUUCUGGUUGUCACAGGUAAACUGGCAAACUUCAAUUUCAAGAUAACUGAAUUAUCGUAUCUUUCUGGUUAUGAAAUGGUGAUGUACUGGUAUAAUUUCAGUUUCGAGUAAACCCAAGUUUUGCAUAUUUCGAGUAGUAAAGAGGUAAACUGUGAUCUCAAGAUCUUCAAUCUUUCGGGGGUUUUUUACCCUUUUUUAAUCUCAAUGUAGAGCAUGAAUGUACGUGUCAUUUACAAUCAUUACUUAUGUUUUUCAAAACACGGAGAGGAGAAGGUAAUGGUAGGGUGCGAUAUAACUUUAAAAAUUAAAGGGAUAGUUGAGUUCUGUUGCAGAGGACGCUACACAAAAUAAUUUUUUGUGAGAUAAUGAAAACUGAGUGUCAGAUUUGAAAGAACAUAAUAUUUAAAUGACGAAAUCAUCUUUGUUUGAUCAAAAUCGGUUCAGAGACAGCUGAAAUAUAACGAUUUUUAAUACUUGUGUACCACCACAUAUAUUAGGUAUUUUGAAAAAAUUGAAAAAACGCCUUUUACGUUGUAUUUCAGCCAAUGCCGAUGUAGGCUUUUUUGUUGGCAUUUUCGUGUUGCUUAUGUAACGCACGACCAACCGGCCCAUGUAUUGUUAUUUUUAAUUAAAUAAUUAAUUAGCGGUCACCAUUUUUGUUUUAAGUGGAGCUGAAUUGGUAUGCUCGUAUUGGCUAAAUUUCACACAUUUUGGGGUCUAAAAUUACCUUCAUAGCAUUUUUAGGUUCUAACAGGGCACUAGAAAUGCCAUAGAUAAGAAUAAGAGCAAUAACCAUGCACUUUGAAGGCAUUUGCGGUCUGAAAACAGAACUUAACUAUCCCUUUAAUAUGAUUUUUAUGGAAUUUUAUUACGUUUGUACUACUUGUUUGCAUUGGUGAAGGAAUAAAAAUUUCAUGAAUCGGA